AGAAGUCACAUGACACUCAGCUUACUGUACCAGGAAAAGAGAAACACUGCUGCUCACAGAAAAGUCCAGGAAGAAGUGAUAGCAACCAUGUGGCAGUGUAGAUUAGCCGUGUGCAGCUGAAGCUUCAGGUAAACAGAAAUGAGGGCCUUAACAGUAACUCAGUUCCUUGCCCUAAUCCUUCUGACUCUGGCCCUGGACAAUGGACUGCUGAGGACUCCACCUAUGGGAUGGAUGGCCUGGGAACGCUUUCGCUGUGAGGUUGACUGUAAAGAUGACCCGGGGAACUGCAUCAGUGAGAAUCUGUUCAGAGACAUGGCUGACAGGUUGGCUGAGGACGGUUGGAAAGAGCUGGGCUAUGAGUAUGUAAUCAUAGAUGACUGCUGGAUGUCUUUGCUGAGAGAUGAACAAGGGAGGUUGCAGCCUGACCCUUCCAGGUUUCCAGGGGGCAUUGCAAAACUGGCAAGGUACAUCCAUGACCGUGGACUGAAGCUGGGCAUCUAUGGAGACAUGGGCUCUCACACAUGUAUGGGAUUCCCUGGCACCACACUGGACAAAAUCGAAAUUGAUGCCCAGACCUUUGCUAGCUGGGGAGUAGACUAUCUGAAAUUUGAUGGAUGUUACUCUAAUCCUGUUGAACAAAUGCUGGGUUACCCUCUGAUGUCCAAGGCGUUGAAUGCAACAGGCAGACCAAUAGCCUACUCCUGCAGUUGGCCUGUAUAUCUGGGAGGACUUCCACCUAAAGUGAACUAUUCUCUGUUGGGUGACAUUUGUCACCUGUGGAGGAAUUACUAUGAUAUCCAGGAUUCAUGGGACAGUGUUAAGGACAUCAUUGAGUGGUUCUCUGACAACCAGGAUGAUCUUCAGCCAGCUGCGGGGCCUGGGCAAUGGAAUGACCCUGACAUGCUUAUCAUCGGCAACUUUGGUCUGAGUGUGGACCAGGCUCGCUCUCAGAUGGCUCUGUGGGCAAUCAUGGCAGCACCUCUCAUCAUGUCUAAUGACCUUCGAAACCUGGACAGCAGUGGGAGGGCGAUCCUGCAAAACAAAGUGGCCAUUGCCAUCAACCAGGACCCCAUGGGCAUCCAGGGAAGACGCCUGCUGAAGGAGAAGAGUCAUAUUGAGGUGUACUGGAGGCCUCUGUCUCAAUCAGCCAGCGCCCUCGUGUUCCUGAGCCAACGGACAGACAUGCCCUACCUCUACCACACCUCUCUGGCUAAACUCAACUAUGAAGCUGGCAACUAUGAGGCCUAUGAUGUGUUUACUGGCUUGACAGUGAAGGGGUUGAACGCCACCACAGAGCUUACGCUCUCUAUCAAUCCCUCAGGUGUGGUUAUGUGGUACAUCUACCCAGUACAACAGUCCAAACAGGCUGAGACACACCACUACCAUCACAACAAAGUCUUAUAUUUCACUGAAGUGAAGCAUCACACAGUAUUAUGAAGGGAAGAACAAGCUAAUCUAGGACACUGACAAACUCAAUCAAGGCAAAGCCAACCUGAUCUUAACUUAACUUACGCAGAUGUUCUUUUGCACUGAUGUGUGAUUUCAUGAAAUGUAACAUUCUUUGAUUUAGUGUUCUUUUGUGAGUUUGUUCCAGGAACUAACUUCAAGUAAUUAUGUCUAAGCGCUGUUAAAAUAUCUGCCCAUGUUUAAUCUGUGGAGUGAUAGUAGGACAAAACACGUGUUGAGCUUUGCCAGAGUCAGUUCACCUAACUGUCUCCAAGCAUUAGACAUUGUCAUAAUGGUGACGGAGUGAAUCCAUAAAAUAUAUCAUGAGCUGAUAUAUCAGUUUCAAAAUAUUAGAAUGACAUGCUAAAAUGAAAUGGGAAGCUGAACUCAGAAAACGUGUUAAGAAUGAACCCUGGAAUAAAAAUGAAAAGUCUGUCUUACA